AUGAUCAAUCUGAUCAGAAAGGCGCUAAUGACUUCAGCGACAGUGCAAAAGACAAAGGAUUAUAAUCCAGGAAUUGUUGGCAUGAAUCUACAACAACAAGAGAUGAAACGAAAUCGUGAUUGGCUAAAAAAUCCGGUAUUCCUAGGGGGUACUUUGCUAGCAUGGAUAGCUUUGAUGGGUUACCUGAAACCGCACAGUGAAAGAGUUUCGUUCGCCGAACACAGAUUUCGAAUAUUCCUGCAAGGAUCCUCAUUCGUCUUCGUACUUACAUGUGCCACAUUAGCUCGAUACUAUCAACAAAUGGAAACCGAUUGA